AUGCUCGUCUCUACUGAGAUACCACACCUCCGAAAGACAGACGCUGGCCAGCAACUUGUUGUCCAUGGCCGGCCCUUCCUUUCACUUGCUGGGGAGCUACAGAACUCUUCUCUGACCUCUGCUGAAUAUAUGGACACCGUAUGGCAGAAGCUUGUUGAUACCAACGUCAACACUGUUUUAGGAUGUGUCACUUGGGAGAACAUUGAGCCGGUAGAGGACCAAUUCAGCUUUUCUGAGUUGGACAAGAUCAUUUUGGGAGCUAGGAAGCAUGGUUUGCAUCUUGUGCUGCUGUGGUUUGGCAUCUCCACAUACGUGCCACCAUGGGUCAAGACAGACACCAAGCGAUUCCCUCGGGCGAAACUUCGCAAGGCCGGUGGCGUGUUGAAGACAGGCGACGUUUUGUCCAUCUUCCAUGAGGAAGGUUGCAAGGCCGAUGCCAAAGCGUUCUCUACUCUGCUGCGCCAUAUUAAAGAAUGUGAUGAAGCCCACUCAACCGUCGUCAUGGUUCAAGUCGAGAACGAGACCGGCUUGCUAGGUGAUUCCCGCGACGGAUCCGCAGCCGCCGAGAAGCAAUUCAACGAAUCUGUCCCCGAAGAUCUCGUGCAAUUCCUGGCCCAGGACUGGGAAGCACUUCACGUCGAUCUCAAAGCAAACCUUAAGCACUUCAAGGCUCAAAAAAUUUCUCGCGGAACGUGGGAACAAGUCUUUGGAAAGAGUUCACACACAGACGAGCUAUUCAUGGCAUACAACUAUGCCCAUUACCUGAAUAAGGUUGCCGCAGCAGGCAAGAAAGAGUUCCCCAUUCCGCUGUACACAAAUGUCUGGCAAAACUAUGUCGGUGACGACGGCGAUAACAACUUCCCUGUGGUCGUUGGAGGCGGCGGAGAACCAGGCGACUACCCAUCCGGCGGCGGCACCAGCAAUGUCCUCGACGUCUGGCAGCGUUUCGCACCGUCGCUGGACUUUAUCGCACCGGACGUCUACCUGAAUGACUAUGCCAGUUCUUGCCGCAAAUACCGACAUCGCAACCAGCCAUUGUUCAUCCCCGAGCAGCGUCGGGACGAGUACGGCGCGCGACGGAUCUGGACUGCCUAUGGCUCUUACCAGGCGAUUGGUGUCUCGCCUUUUGGAAUCGACACAUUGGAACCCAGCACCAACCCGUUUACUCGGCACUAUGGGCUGCUGAAAUCGGUCUCCCAGAUUGUGCUUGAUGCACAGACGCGCCCCAAUUCCUCAGUUGGGUUCUAUUUCGAUGAAUUGAAUGAGGACAAUUCGGACUCGUCCAAGCCUGUUGUAAAGCAAUGGGGUGGGUAUGAGAUAACUGUCGAACGGUGCUUUGUGUUUGGGAAGGCCGGACCGGGUGCUGGCAUGGUCAUCCACCUCGGUGGGCCAAGGUUCCUUUUGAUAGGAUGGGGAUUCCAGGUCCGAGCACGCGCUCUAUCACCUACCAGUACCUUUACCGGGUUUCUGCGCUUCGAAGAGAAGAUCGUUGGUAAAGAGAGCGGUGAGUUGCAGACUUUGCGUGUUUUGAACGGUGAUGAGACAAGGAGUGGGAUUUUCGCUAUGAUGCCGAAUGAAGAUCCCGACUACGGUGGUUUCCCGAUCUGUGUGACUAUUCCCGCUCGCACCAUGAUCGCACAGUUGGAGGUCUACUCUAUCGAGGAAGCGGAUGAUGUGUAA